AUGGCUGCGAAAGCGUUUUUCGAUAUUAAGGCCGGUGAAGAGCGAUUGGGAAGAAUUACAUUUGAGUUAUUCAAUGAUGUUCCAGAUACUACCAGAAACUUCCGCGAGUUGUGCACUCAUAAGAACAACUUUGGUUAUAAAGGUUCUGUUUUCCACCGCAUAAUCCCCGGCUUCAUGUGUCAGGGUGGUGAUUUCACUAAUGGCGAUGGCACGGGUGGUAAAAGUAUAUACGGAAAUAAAUUCAAAGAUGAGAACUUCAAUCACAAACACGAGGCGUUCUCACUUUCUAUGGCCAACGCUGGACCAAACACGAACGGUUCUCAAUUCUUCAUCACUACUGUCCCAUGUUCAUGGCUCGAUGGCAAACAUGUCGUUUUCGGUAAAGUACUCAGUGGUCAAGACGUGGUCAAGAAAAUGGAGAGUUUAGGUUCCACAAGUGGGAAGCCAUCCAAAAAAAUCAUAAUCGAAGAUUGUGGAGAAUGUUAA